AUGUGUCUGUGGCUUUUGACGGCAUGUUUGGGUUUGAUACCUUCGAACCCCAAUACUAACGUAGUGGUAAUUCCUGUAGGAGUACCAUCGCCGAUAUUGGUGCCCACUCCAGCGCCGACUCCAGCGCCGACUCCAGCGCCAACCCUAGCACCGACUCCAGCACCGACACCAGCACCGACUCCAGCACCAACUCCAGCGCCGACUUCAGCACCAACAGGCCCCCUGAUUGACCCCAGACUCGGCACCACGCCAGCAUCAUCAGCUGCUCUGCAGAACCCAGCCAUUACAGCCUACAGUGCUCAAGUGCCAUCAUUUGACUCUGCAGUUAAAUUCCCCAGACAACGAAGAAGUGUACGACCCGAAGAGUCAAAGUCAAAAAUGAACAUCAAUAAUUUUUUGACUAGCGCUUACAGCGGCAGCGGCAGCGUAUCGAAUAACAAGGGUCACAAAAUCAGCAAAAGGCAAGCAACUAACUGCAUUUGUGUACCUGCAGGGACUUGUCCCCCUGGAACUAAUAAUGGUGCCGGUUUGAUUGAUAUUCGAAUUGUUACUCCGGUCCAAGUGCAAUGUGCUGCCGGACAGGUGUAUUGUUGCACACUACCGAAUCCCACACCCAAUCCUACGCCGAUCGUUGCCUGCGGGACACUGCAAACAGUUCCUGCGACAACCGUCACUCCAGCAGCCGGUCAAGCGAAUUUCGGAGAGUUUCCUUGGCAGGCAUUGAUACUAACCAAACAGAAUGACUACAUAGCAGGAGGUGUAUUGAUAGACCAAGUAAACGUUUUGACUGUCCGACACCGACUGACACCCUACAUUGUUGCAGCAACGACUCCGAACGUGAAAGUCCGUUUUGGCGAAUGGGACGCAGCUGGUGUAUAUGAACCCGUGCCGUUCCAAGAAUAUACAAUAUCGAAGGUGUUCGUUCACCCGUCUUACAAUGCACUGACGUUGCAAUAUGACAUUAUGGUACUGCGUCUGGCAUCAUCCGUGCCGCUGACGCCAAUGGCCGGUGCUGCAUCUACCAUUAAUAGAGCUUGUUUGCCACCCGCUGCGAAUAGUGUUUAUACUGGACAAAGAUGCAUGGUUUCCGGUUGGGGAAAAAACAUGUUUGGCUUACAAGGACAGUACCAGCAGAUUCUCAAGAAGGUAGAUGUACCAAUAGUAGCACCUGCGACGUGUCAGACGCAGCUGCAGACGGCAAGACUCGGCACCAGCUAUGUCCUCGAUACCACGUCAUUCGUGUGUGCCGGGGGAGAGGCGAAUAAGGAUUCUUGUACUGGUGAUGGUGGCUCUGGACUAGUCUGCCAAGUUAACGGACAAUGGACAUUGGUUGGUUUAGUCGCGUGGGGCCUGGGGUGUGCCAGCCCUAACGUGCCUGGGGUCUACGUUAACGUCGCUGCUCUUUUGCCCUGGAUUCAACAGCAGGUCGCCACUCCUUAGAACGACGUGAUUUUUUUUUUGUAAAAAUAAGCCAUAACUGUAGGACUAGCACGACAGGGCUUGACUUGCGCGAGAGCAUAUAGAGAAUAGCAAUGUGUCGCACAAGUUGCGCCCUGUUGUGUUAAUACUACAAAGUGUAAAAAUUGUAUAUUCGAAAUGAUAAGUUUUGUUGUCGUAGUUUAAAAUGGUGACUAGUAGUGCUGGUACGACAUGGCGCGACUUGCGCGAAAGCGAUUUAAACCAUGAUAUGUCUAUGCGAGAACAGCAGUAUCUCGUGCUUUAUGCCGCUCUCGCGCAACUCGCGCUCCAUCGUACUAGCCCUACG